GGCCCGCGUUUAUCAGCUGCUGCUUGUGGCCGCAGCAGCAGGCGUGCAGGCAGAGCAGCAGCAGCUUACGUGUGGACGCCGCCGAGGGGUUCUCAAAUCGUUUCUCCGCGACCGCGUCUCCCCCCAUUUUUCCACUCACUUGUCGCGCGACACGCACACACGCCGAACGCCGACCGAAUAACGCGCCACUCGCGCGCGCCUGUCUUAUCGUCAUCGUCGUCAUCGUCGUUAUUAUUUACGAACCCGAACCAUCCGAAUAAUCCGAUCGGCGAUCACAACUGAUCAGUGCGUGUUCGAUGUCCGAACGUUUCCGCCACGGCACCACAGUCCGUUCGAUCACCCGAGGCAGGUUUUUUUUUUUAUCGACAUUGUUGUUGUUGUUGUUGUUGCUACGUUCCGAUCCGUCGUCCCCGUUUCGAUAAUAUAAUUCAAUAAUAAUAAUAAUAAUUUAUAUUACUAUAAUAUUAUUAUUAUUUCUGACAUCACCGUGUAUGCGCGCGCAUUGCCGCGUAUAAGUGCGUGCGUGCGAGUUUCGCGGUUUGUAUUGUAAAGUUGCGUGCGUGCGCGCCUCCACGAGAGAUAUCGAGACAAAAUGGCGUCGGUCUUAUGAUAGCGCUGGUCUGAGGUGCACGAUAUAUAUAUUAUAUAUACUAUAAUAUUAUCGUUUUAAUAUCGUAAAUUAUAUUCGUUUUUAUAUCGUUAUCGUGCUCGGCGCUGCGGGUAUGUGAGAUGAUGACAAAAUGGUCUCGAUCGACGACCGUGACAUCAUCGUUGUCGUCCGUACCGUUUUGACGCGAUCAAUUUUACUCGGUCUCGUCGGAAACGAUUCGUCCGCCCGAAGUGCCAUGUAGUCCUUUGAAAUCCGUUCGAGCUCCACUUCCUCGUCUUAUUCUCUGUUCUAACUCUUAAUCUCUCUCUGUCUUUCAGUAUCCGUACUUUAUCUGGACCAUGUCGUCCGUCGUUUCGCCGGCGACCAAUAAAUAACGUUUUUUUUAGAACCUGGGACGUGUUUCCCUCGAAAAUAAUGAUGUCAUUUAACCAUUACGGUUACAACAGUUUGAAAAACGAACAGACCAACAAACGGCUGAGGACCGCCGACUACGACCGGGAGUCACGAACCACCAACAGUUCCGUGUCGUACGAGGACGGCCGCCGCAAGAACGCCGAAACGCAGCCCAAUCACAUACUUCUGUUGACCAUCACCAAAGUGACGUACCCGAUAAACACAGACGUCAUCCACACAAUUUCCAAAGACCAUGGUAACGUUCUACGUAUAGUUAUAUUUAGGAAACGCGGUGUACAAGCCAUGGUAGAAUAUGAAGAAGUGGAACAGGCCAUAAGGGCCAAGCAGUUGAUGGACGGUGCUGACAUAUACCAGGGGUGUUGUACGCUACGGGUGGAAUACGCCAAGCCGUCUAAGCUAAAUGUUUACAAAAAUGACUCCGAAACGUGGGACUACACUACGCCAAAUCCUGGCGAGAAGAAAACGGCACCCUUGUUACCGGACCCUCCCAGAGCUCCACUGAUAUCUACUCGACCUACAUUCCCUCGAUUUGAUUUCGAAUGUCGGGGCGGACUAUUAUCUACACCUCAUGAUUUACCUAAUAAUAAUUAUGGAGAUAGCUAUCCAGCAACGCCUGGACGUUGUGUACUAAUGGUCUAUGGUCUAGAUCCCGAUAAAGCAAAUUGUAAUCGGCUGUUUAAUUUAUUUUGUUUGUAUGGAAACGUGGUUAAAAUUAAAUUUUUAAAAAGCAAGGAAGGUUGUGCAAUGGUACAGAUGGACAAUGAAAUGUCUGUAGAUCGUUGUAUGGAUAAUUUGAAUAAGCUAACACUUAUUAGUGGUAAUGUGUUACAGCUACAAGUAUCAAAGCAAAUGUAUUUGUCUGACAUUAUGGUACCAUAUGAUCUGCCUGAUGGCACUCCGUCAUUCAAAGAUUAUUCCAACUCAAAAAAUAAUAGGUAUCAUUCAAAUUCUAAUGGAAAAAAUCGGCGUCAGACCCCAUCCAGUGUGUUGCAUUUUUUUAAUGCUCCACCAAACAUAUCAGAAGCUGAUUUAUCCCAGACAAUAAGCAAAGCUGUAAAAGAUGUUGAUCCAAAAAUUAUCAUUAAGAUGUUUCCUCCCAAAGGUACAGAAGCACGUAGCUCAUCUGGGCUUGUCGAGUUUACAGAUAUGGCUAUAGCUGUUGAAGUGAUAAUGGCUGUCAACCACUGGCCUAUAAAAUGUGAAUCAUCCAAGUUUCCAUACUUACUCAGACUAUGUUUUUCAUCGCUGCCCAAAGGAAUAGCGAAUGCCGAGAUGGCACAGUGACAUUGCGCUGCUUAAUGAACUACCGUAUCUCAUGUUUGUCAAUUAUUACUUUUUAGUGCAUAAUAUUGGGUUAUUUUUAUUUUUUAAAGAGAAAUCGACUAUGUUUCACAUUUCCUAUUAAUAAGUUAAAAGGACUAUGGUUAAUGUCUACCACCCCCUUAAAAUGUUUUCGUAUAUUUAUUAUUAUUAAAUAUAUUAAUUGUUUUUUUUCUGUAUUUGUAUUAUUAAAUAAUGUAGACUUGUCAAUUAUGAAAAUCAAACCAUAUCUUUACUA